CCGACGCGGACCGUUCCAGGAUCAGUGUCCUUAUAGGGAACUUUUUCUAGGCACACGGGUGAGUGGGACUGCCACCACUUGUUGCAUCCACGGAGUGAGGUGUCCUCGUGUCGUCCACGACAUUUGUGUUUUACGGGUUUCUCAGUCGAUAGUGGAAACCUAUCUCCUCAGACUGACGGGUUGUCUUCAACAAGAACUGUUUAAAGAUAAGCAGUAGCUCUUCAUCGGUAUGAAUAUGGAUCAGUCUGCGAGAAUGUUAGGUCUGGAUGCCCAAGGGAACAUGGUUUUUACAGUGGUGAAGCCAGUCAUGAGCAUCUUUCAGGUUUCUUCGGACCAAGGUGGCAGUGUAGUACAAGGAAGCAUGGAUCUACAGGGACUGUCUGACAGCACACUAGUCCUGCCCCAAGUCCAAGUGCAAGCUUCAUUAGAUCCGAAUCAGGUGGAAAUGCAGAACAUGCAGCCUCAAGUUCCAGCCCAGAUGCACGUUCCUGACCAGGUUCAGAGUGAGCACGUCCCUCAGACUCAGGAGCUGCCACAAAACUCAAGUACAAAUCAACUGUCCAGUUCACAGAUGCCUUUUGCAGAGGUGUCAUCCCUUCUGGAUCCUAACAUGAAAGGCUCUAAGGCUCGAAAGUACCUUAUCUCAUAUGACGAAAUUAAACGUCGUCUGCAGGCCCCAGAGAAGAUGUCUCUGCGCUCUUUGGCAGCCUACACUCGGGUCAGCAGAGGUCCAGCCAGCAAGAAAACACUGCUGGAGUCACUGAACGUUCUAGGUUUAACACCAAGCACUACUACCUCUGUGUCUUCCUCAUUUUCUAAACUCACUGAAGGAGACACCAAGGCUUUAUGUGAAGAUAUGAAAGAUUUUGCCCACGACUACAUUGACUACGGCAGCAUGGCUAAACAGCUUAUCCCAGAGACAAAUACAGUUCAACAUUGGUCCAAAGUCAUUGAAACUAAAAACCAUCUUGAGGAUAUGAGAAAAUGUUUCAAAGACCCAGUCAACAGUAAUGCUUUUGACAACGUCACUCAUGGCCUUGGAUUGGGAAUGUUAGAUGUUGCACUGGACACAAUCAUAAUGGUAAUCGAACAGCAGAUCCGCAUCUUGUCUGGUGCAGCGGCGUCCGACCCUGCGGACACAGGUACGCCAAUGCGCCGCAUUCGAAGGCGCCAUCGAAACACGCUUGCUAAUGAUGCCCAGAAGUCUCACAAAGUAUCUGGAGAUGCCAAAGACCAAGGAAAGAUUAUGUCCAAAGCCAAGGGGAGAAGCAGAGCAAAGAAAAAAGUGAGACAGGAAGUUGGAGCUGCUGGUCAAGUGGAAACUCAAGCAGAGCAGUGCCAUCACGGCGGCAUGGAGCAAAAUGUACUUAUGGUUUCUGUGGGAUAUGAGACAGUUCCUAGUGGUCUUAAUGCAGCUGAAACCGUUUGACACGUGUCCAUUCUGAAGAACUAUUUAAAACUACUCCAUUGUUGGUGACAUAAGACAUUGGGUCUGGAUGUGGCUAUACGCUGCAGACGGUUAGUUUGAAUGGCCUGAAAUCAAGAACAGAAAAGGGGUGAAAAGCAACACCUCCGUCCUCCCUGUGGUGCAGUUUCAACCUGAGACCAAGUCAUCCCUCUGCUGUAAAGAGGGUUUCCAGUAACAACAGUUAGUACACAACACAUUUCCCUAAAAACUCCUCUGUCUUUAUUUUCUUUUUGGUUUUGCUAGUGGUUAAGAGGUUUUCCAGUGUUAACUAGCUGUCGAUGACAGCAGUGUAACGCAAAAAACGAAGAAGAGCUUGUAGAGUGAGGACUGGGAUGAGCCCAACAUGUUACUUCAGUCGUUCAUGUUCUGAACCACUUAAGAAAAUGUUUUUCCUGUGUUUUCUAUUUUCCUGUAUUCUUUUAUUUCUGAGGUUUACAGACCAACAGAUCACUAGACCCUGUACAGCUCCACAGUACAGUACUGAGCCAGGACAGCCUGUCCUCCUGUCCUCCUGUCCUCACUGCAGGCUAGAUGUAUUGAAGUAUUGAAGCUUUUGUCCCAUACUCGUUCAGUAGCAAAAACCUUGACCCACCUCUAGGGAUAAAUUAAUAGAAAAAGAACAGAAAACAUUUUCUUUUUCUUUUCUUGUUGUUUUUCUUAUUUAUUUAUUGUUUGCCUUCGACUGUUCUGUACUACAGUGGAAGAAGUAACGCUGUGUUUUUACAGACAACAGAAAGAAUGGAUGGAACAUAAAGAGUCAUAUUUUUUUUCCAAAGAGAAAGACAUUUCUGUGCUGUGAUAGCUUUCAUUACUGUGUCAAGUGAAGCUUCACCAUUUUAGUUUGAUGUCUACGUUGUGUUAUUCCUGCAUGGACAGAAAAGGCCCUUCAUAUUUAAAGGAGUCAUUACAACCCUAAUGUCCUCAUGAAGCUGUUUGUGCUCUUAAGACUCCAGUCGAGUCAGGAGUCAUGGGUUUUAGAAGGUCAAAAAUGACCACCAUGGUGGCAUAUUGUAUUUAAAGUGUGCCUAUGGCUAAUGGGUAAUAAACAGGCGAUCGUAGAGGAGAAAACCCAAGAAA